CACCACACUGCAAACAACUAGUGUUCCUCCUGAAGCUGUUCUCAUCAGCAACCCCUGACGUUUUCUUCGCUCCGCGCUCCUCGUCAUUCUGAAGGCCAUUUUCCUCUUGGCGUCAGACUAGCAUUCAGCUCCUCCUUACUGCUACAUUACUGUCGCCAAACCCUAACAUGGCGGCUUCAAGCGAUGACCACCGUCGCCGAAAGCGGCACACGGAGGAGUUCGGUGGCUCACAGAAUACUGUCGUCUUCCGCCUGCUGGUGCACGAGUCCCGGGCCGGCGGGGUGAUCGGGAAGCAGGGGGCCAAGAUAAAGCAGAUGAGGGAGAGCACAGGAGCAAGGAUCCGAAUGUGCUCUGUGCCGCCCACCAUUCCCUCAGAGGAGCGUCUCCUUGUCAUCUCCUCGCCCCCAUCCUCCUCGUCUGAGCCGUCACCAGCAGAGGCAGCUCUCUUCGCGAUGUUCCCUGCUGCGCUGCUGCCGCAGGACAACAACCAGCACCAGCAGCAGCAGCAAAACCGCAAGCAGCAGAGCCAGCAGCAGCAGCCAGACGAGACAAGCCGGUCCAUUCUGAACCUACUGGUGCCCGCGUCGCAGUCAGGCGCUCUGAUUGGCCGAGGCGGCAAGGUUAUUAAGGACAUCCGGGAAAGCAGUGGAGCAUUUGUUCGCAUCGCAGAAGGGCCCACCUCGCCCUUCGCCCUGCCGGCAGAUAGGCUUGUGCAGAUCACCGGCACUCUUCCAAAGCUGGAGGCAGCACUCAAGGCGAUUGCAGACGUUCUCAAGUCCAACCCGCCCCACGAGCCCCUGGAGGAGAUGGAGACAGCCGGCUCAGUGGCAGCGGCGAGAGCCACCCUCAACCCCUAUGCUGCUGCCGCUGCAGCAGCAGCAGCGCAGCAGGCAGCAGCAGUGGCAGCAGGAGCGGGAUUCAGGGGUAGAGACAGUGGGGGAGAUCGAGGGGGCGGAAGAGGGGGAGGAAGAGGAGGGGGAGGUGGGGGGGAUGGGGGGUACCCAGGUCCUGGGAUUGUAGGUCUGGGGAUGCCUCCUACUUAUGCUUUGGCACCAGGCGCAGGGGUGUACGAUGCUGGACUGGGGAUGGGAGGGGGCGGGCUAGGCUCGGGAGCUUCAGGUUCGGGAUUCAUGGGUGCAGGCUUGGGAGGAGGUCUGGGGAUGGAUUUGGGCAGUAGCUAUGGUGGGGGAGGCUUGGGAGGAGGCUUGGGAGGAAGCUUGGGAGGAGGCUUGGGGGGUGCGGUGGGCGGAGGGGGAGCUGCAGCAGCAGCAGGAGAUUUGAGCUGGGGGCUAGGAAUGGGAUUCCGGGAUAGUCUAGGGGGAGUAGGGGGGAUUGGGCGGAUGGGGGGAGGAUUGGGAGGGGUGUUGGGGGUAGUGAGCAGCUAUCAAGCAGCAGCAGGGGGGGCAGCAGGGGGGGCAGCAGAGGGGGCAGCAGGGGGAACACCAGGGGGAGGUGUUGGAAUGCCUCCAAGUGGCUUCUCUUCUUCUCCCAUGGGCUAUACUGCUGGCUCUAAUGCAUCGGGUUACAUCCCUGCAUCUGGUUACCAGCCCCCUGCUGGUUACCAGGCUGCCUCGGGUUACCAGUCUCCCCCUCCUUCGUUUGACGACCCUUCCAAGCGAAGGAGGGUGCAGGAUCGCCCCAUUCCCGCCUCAGAAACAACCGAGCCUCGAGGCCAAGGCGAGGGGCAGGCUCGGACGGAGCUUCGGCUGCCGGGCCAAGCAGUAGGCUCGGUGUUGGGAAAAGGGGGCAACACGAUCAAGAACAUCCGGCAGAUGUCUGGUGCCAACAUCAAGAUCCACCCCUCAGAGCCAGGCACCGCCGACCGAAUUGUGGAGAUCACAGGGACUGCCACCCAGGUGGCAGGUGCAGAGGCCCUCAUCAAGGCAUGCUCUGCUGCAAGAUAGUGGUAGUGGCAUGGCUUAGUAUGGUAGUAUGUGAGCUUGAACAGACUUUCGUGUAUUUUGAGAUGGAUUCAAACGCACCACGAGUUGAUGUUGGGUAUAGAUAAUGUAUGCUAUAGUUUGCAGCAACAGAAUAUGCAUAAUAUCUUGAUAUAGAAG